AUGGCGAAAAUGAACGAGCUGGUGAUAGCAGGGAUGAAUUUAACGUGCGUGCUGGUGGCCGUGGCGGAGUAUCAGAUGCCCGAGAAGGAGUGCCUCCUCAAUUUACUCGCCAAGGCGCUAGGCUACGGCAUUAUUCUGGGAUCUACGAUAUUGAAGCUCCCACAGAUUCUCGUGAUCAUCCGCAGCAACAGCAUAGAGGGUCUGAGUGUACCGUCGUUUGAGAUUGAGUGUAUUGGCUACACUAUUUCCGUGGGGUACUGCCUCUUUAAGAAGGUCCCCUUUACUGCAUAUGGCGAGCUGUUCUUCCUCCUCCUGCAGUCGCUCAUCCUCAUGUUCCUGAUAUACUCGCAUCUGCCCAACCAGGCGUCGACCACAUGGAUCAAAGUGGGCAUCUAUUCCGCCCUGGUACCAAUGCUGUUCUCAGGGGCAAUGAGCGCCAACCUAUACGAGACCAUCUAUAACGCCCAAACGGCACUGUUCACCAUUGGACGCAUCCCUCAGAUGUGGAGUAACUACGUGAGCAAGAGCACAGGGCAGCUGAGCGUGUUCACCACAUUCCUCACCUUUGCUGGCUGCAUCGCCCGUCUGUUCACGUCUAUCCAAGAAAAGGCCCCUCUUAGCAUGGCCAUUGGGAGCAUUCUGGGUGUGCUAUCACAUGGCACUAUCUUUGCACAGAUAGUGUACUACACUUACAUCCGCAAAGGAAAGGCUAGUGUGGCUGCUGCCACACAGGGGAGCACCGACAAGAAAACGGAGAAAUCAAAGGGCACGGGGAGUAAGGCUAAGGCUGGAAAAGACAAGAGCUUAUAG